AUGCCUCUCUCAAGCGUCUCUAAGUACGCUUCUCAAGAACAUAGUCAAUCUGAAGAAAGUACGAAUCAUAGAAAAAGACCGUUGAGUAAUUCGGACGGUGUCGAUAUAAGAGGACUGGUAGCAGUCUCCACUACUGCAAGCAACACCAAUAACACUUCCAGUGUUGGCAAUACAGCUAACAAUUCUGCUAGUGUUAGUACUGCCACCUCUAGCAAUUCUUGUACUAUAAAACCUUUCCCCGAAAUCCCUUCCUGUUCGGGAGAGUCUUCUAUCGGCAUAACUCCAUCAUCAUCUCACUCGCCGCAGUCUUCGGAUCCGAGUCCAAAAAGGAUUAAAUUGUCCCCUAAUAACGAUAACUCUGACCCUACACCAAGUGGAAAUACUACCAAGGUCCUGCUCACUAGUGGAAUCUUAACUUCUUCGGAAAACAAGGAGGAAAACGAAGCUGGGACUAGCAGUAGUGGCUGUUCUGUCCAGGAGCAAAGAAAAGAAAGGGACAGAGACGACAAGAAACAGGGACAAGAAGGCAGGGAGGAAAACCAAGGCGAAGGCGAUAAUAAAGACGGGGAAGUCAAUAGCCGAUCAUUGGUUCCAGGAGAAGAGCAAAAAGCAGUCGUUGAAAAAUUAAAGGCAGAAGAGGGUGAAAAUAGUCGCGGUGGAGAUUCGGAAACAAUGACAGAGUCUGAGAGACGACCCAACUUCUCGGCACUGACAACACCAAGCAAUGGUAUAAGCAGACAUGCAUCUCCAUUGAAUGCCAAUAGACCUGGGGCUGCGAAAAAAUUGGUUAUCAAAAAUUUUAAAGAUAAGCCCAAGUUACCAGAGAAUUACCAGCAGAACACAUGGCAGAAAUUGGAGGAAGCCGUGGAGGCUAUACACAACAGCCAUUCUAUCAAGUCAAACUUAGAGGAACUUUACCAAGCUGUAGAGAACAUGUGCUCACACAAAAUGUCUGCCACUAUUUAUGAACAGUUAAAACAUGUAUGUGAAGCCCAUGUACAGUCAAACCUGCAGCAGUUUUUGGGGAAAACUAUGGACUAUGAGAUGUUUUUGAAAGCAAUCGACAAUUGCUGGCAGGACCAUUGUAGACAGAUGAUUAUGAUCCGAAGUAUUUUUCUCUUCUUAGACCGAACAUAUGUGUUACAAAACACCUCUGUGUUAUCUAUAUGGGACAUGGGAUUGGACUUAUUUAGAACACAUAUCAUUAGCCAUCAGAUUGUCCAGGCAAAAACGGUGAAUGGCUUAUUACAGUUGAUUGAACGUGAACGUGGAGGUGAAGCUGUUGACAGGCAACUGUUAAAAAGUCUCUUGAGGAUGUUGUCAGAUUUACAGAUUUACCAAGAGGCAUUUGAGAAAAAAUUCCUAGAAGCUACAGAUCAGUUGUAUGCAGCUGAAGGUCACCGGUUGAUGCAGGAAAGAGAUGUACCAGUGUAUUUAUCCCAUGUAGACAAGAGAUUGAAUGAAGAAUCUGAACGGUUGUUGCAUUAUUUAGAUCAAACCACAAAGAAACCACUUAUCACAUGUGUGGAAAAGCAGCUAUUGGAACAACAUUUAUCAUUGAUGUUACAGAAAGGGCUUGAGCAUUUGUUGAAUGAAAAUAGGAUUUCUGACCUAACUCUAAUGUAUCAACUCUUUUCUCGGGUUAAAGAAGGUCUAAAAGAAUUGUGCUAUGCAUUUGCCACUUAUAUCAAGGGAACUGGGCGGUUGAUAGUUAUGAACACUGAGAAUGAUCCUGAAAAAGACAAAGAAUUGGUCCAGACAUUGUUAGAUUUCAAGGACAAGAUAGACAACAUUAUUGCUGUGUGUUUUCAAAAGUCUGAGCGAUUUGUGAGUGCCAUGAAAGAAAGUUUUGAACACUUUAUCAAUCAACGACAGAAUAAACCUGCAGAAUUGAUAGCCAAAUAUGUGGACUAUAAACUUAGAGCAGGCAAUAAGGAAGCCACUGAAGAAGAAUUGGAAAGGCUUUUAGAUAAGAUCAUGCCUGAAAGCUAUGGAUUCUGUUUAUUCUUCAAAAUAUGUGGAAAAUCUUCAACACCCACACUUGUUCCUCCUCCUCUUUCACUCUCUUGUUUUCUCCUCCUCUUUCACUCUCUUGUUUUCUCCUCCUCUUUCACUCUCUUGUUUUCUCCUCCUCUUUCACUCUCUUUUUUUUUCUCCUCCUCUUUCACUCUCUUGUUUUCUCCUCCUCCUCUUUCACUCUCUUGUUUUCUCCUCCUCCUUUCACUCUCUUUUUUCCUCCUCUUUUCACUCUCUUUUUUUCUCCCUCCUCUUUCACUCUCUUGUUUUCUCCUCCUCUUCACCUCUCUUGUUUUCUCCUCCUCUUUCACCUCCCCUCUUUUGUUUUCUCCUCCUCUUUCACUCUCUUUGUUUUCUCCUCCUCUUUCACUCUCUUGUUUUCUCCUCUCUUUUUGUUUUCCUCUCUUUGUUUUUUCUCCUCCUUGUUUCUCCUCCUCUUUUCACUCUCUUGUUUUCUCCUCCUCUUUCCUCUCUUGUUUUCUCCUCCUCUUUCACUCUCUUGUUUUCCUCCUCCUCUUUUUCACUCUCUUGUUUUUUUCUCCUCCUCUUUCACUCUCUUGUUUUCUCCUCCUCUUUCACCUCUCUUUCACUCUCUUGUUUUCUCCUCCUCUUUCACUCUCUUGUUUUCUCCUCCUCUUUCACUCUCUUGUUUUCUCCUCUUUCACUCUUGUUUUCUCCUCCUCUUUCACUCUCUUGUUUUCUCCUCCUCUUUCACUCUCUUGUUUUCUCCUCCUCUUUCACUCUCUUGUUUUCUCCUCCUCUUUCACUCUCUUGUUUUCUCCUCCUCUUUCACUCUCUUGCAAAGACAUGUUUGAAGCUUUCUACAAGAAAGACCUUGCCAAGAGGCUAAUUGUUGGAAAGAGUGCCUCAGUGGAUGCUGAGAAGUCCAUGUUGUCCAAAUUGAAACAAGAGUGUGGAGCUGCCUUUACUUGUAAACUUGAAGUUAUGUUCAAGGAUAUGGAAUUGUCUAAAGAUAUCAUGUUGAAUUUCAAGCAUCAUAUGCCAGCAGGGAGUCAACCGGGAGGUAUUGAUCUAAAUGUAAAUGUUCUUACAAUGGGGAACUGGCCAACUUAUCCCCAUAUGGAAGUACAUCUUCCAGUAGAAAUGGUUCAAUAUCAGGAAAUUUUCCAAAAGUUUUAUCUUGGCAAGCACAGUGGUCGAAAACUUCAGUGGCAACCAACCUUAGGGCAUUGUGUUUUAAAAGCAGAAUUUAGUAAUGGAAAGAAAGAGUUGCAGGUAUCUUUAUUCCAAACAUUGUGUUUCCUUCUCUUCAAUGAUGGUGAUGAGUUCACAUUUGAAGACAUCAAACAAGCCACUGCCAUAGAGGAUAGUGAAUUGCGACGUACUUUACAGUCAUUGGCCUGUGGGAAGGCCCGGGUAUUACAUAAAGUACCAAAGGGCCGAGAUGUAGUCGAUGGAGAUAAAUUUGUGUUCAAUGAUGAUUUUAAACACAAAUUAUUCAGAAUCAAAAUUAACCAGAUUCAAAUGAAGGAAACUCAAGAAGAAAACACAAGUACAACAGAACGAGUAUUCCAGGAUAGGCAAUAUCAAGUUGAUGCUGCCAUUGUUCGUAUCAUGAAAACCCGUAAAACACUCAGCCAUACUUUACUCAUUUCUGAAUUAUACAAUCAACUCAAAUUCCCUGUCAAGCCGCCUGAACUCAAAAAGCGUAUUGAAAGCCUCAUUGACCGUGAUUAUAUGGAACGAGACAAGGACAACCCUAAUACAUACCAUUAUGUUGCUUAA